GGUUGUCAUGGAGGAGCCAAGAUGGCGUUCUUGGCCUACAACCUAGGCAAACGGGAGAUAAAUCAGUAUUUUAGCAUUAAAAAUGCUAAAUUGCUGUCUCUCGUUGCUGCCAUUCUCGUCACAGUGUUCCACUUAGUCUCUCGUUAUUAUGGAGGCCAGGACACAUGUGAGUGGCUUCUGUCCAGUGGACGGUUUCUAGGAGACAAUGUGUGGCAGCCAUAUGGCUGCAUGAUGCACAAAUACAAAAACAUAGAAGCCAAGGCUUGUCUCAGCAAUAAACGGAUUACAUUCAUUGGGGACUCCCGUAUUCGGCAGCUCUUUUAUUCCUUCAUCAACGUCAUCGACCCUGAGACGAAGGAAAAUGGGAACAAGCAUGAAAACAUUCCAUUUGCUGAUAAAGAGUCUUCUCUUAAUGUGGACUUCCUGUGGUUUGCAGAAGUAAACAAUUCCAUGAAAGAGCAGCUUAUAUCAUGGACCGAGAGACUCUCUACCCAACCGGAUGUCAUUAUAAUUGGUGCUGCUACAUGGUCUAUAAAACUUCACAGCGGUAGCAGUGAGACACUCCUACAAUACAAGGCAAACCUUACAUCUAUAGCAGCACCGCUGGAAAAGCUGUCUGAACACAGUGAAGUCUACUGGGUGUUACAAGACCCUGUGUAUGAGAAAAUCCUUAGUGAGAAUCGUAAGAUGAUAACAAAUGAGCAGAUAGACUUGUAUAAUGCAGCAGCCCUCAGCACUCUAAACAACAGCAAGAGGAAUGGCAAGGCCUCAGUAAAGUUCCUGGAGGCUUCUCGACAAGCGGCCAUGGAGACCAUCACCCAGUCUUUGGAUGGACUACACCUACCUUUGAGCACAAGGAAUGUGGGUGCCAUGGUUCUGAUGAACUCCAUAUGCAACAAGAUCCUCACACCUAUUGACGGUUCAUGCUGCCAAAGUGUUUCUUCACUAAGUGUGUUACAGAAGCUGGCAGCUGCACUCUUUUUGGCAGCUGCUGUCUGCUUAUUGGUCCUUAAUGCACUUGGCUAUAGCAAGCAUCGGAAGAGUAGGCCUGUUACUGAUGUUGAAAGUGGAGAGGAGAAGAAACCUCCCGUUCCUGCAGUUCCAAUCAACCUGAAUGAUGCCUUACAGUCCAUCUGCAGGAUGGGUCUCAUCAUGCUCUACUUUUACCUGUGUGAUCGAGCAAAUGUUUUUAUGAAGGAGCAAAAGUUCUACACACACUCCACCUUCUUCAUCCCACUUAUCUACAUAUUUGUGCUGGGUUUUUUCUACAAUGAAAACAGUAAAGAGACCAAACUGCUGAACAGAGAGCAGACUGAUGAAUGGAAGGGAUGGAUGCAGCUGGUCAUCCUUAUCUAUCAUAUAUCAGGAGCCAGCGCUUUUAUACCUGUGUACAUGCAUGUCCGGGUCCUGGUGGCAGCUUAUCUCUUCCAGACAGGAUAUGGCCACUUUUCUUUUUUCUGGCUGAAGGGAGAAUUUGGACUCUAUCGGGUGUGCCAGGUUCUCUUCAGGCUCAAUUUCCUGGUGGUAGUGCUCUGCCUAGUCAUGGAUAGACCAUACCAGUUCUACUACUUUGUGCCUCUGGUUACCUUUUGGUUUGUGGUUAUCUAUGCCACAAUGGCUGUGUGGCCACAAAUUCUACAGAUAAAAGCCAAUGGUAGUGGUUUCUGGCACCUGAUACUUCUGUUGAAGCUGUUUGGGUUACUCCUUUUCAUUUGCUUCAUUUCUUACUCACAGGAAUUUUUUGAGCAUGUUUUUUCUGUGUGGCCUAUUUCAAAGCUCUUUGAGCUGCAGGGAAACAUCCACGAGUGGUGGUUCAGAUGGAAGCUAGACAGAUUUGCAGUGAUCCAUGGGAUGCUGUUUGCAUUUGUUUACCUGGUAUUACAAAAAUGCCAGAUUUUGUCAGAGGGCAAAGGAGAGCCGCUCUUUUCCAACAAGAUUUCCAACUGCCUGCUGUUCAUAUCUGUGGUUUCAUUUAUAACAUAUUCCAUUUGGGCAAGCAGCUGUAAGGAUAAGACUGAAUGCAAUGAGAUGCAUCCAUACAUUUCUGUGGUGCAGAUUCUGGCAUUUGUUCUGAUCAGAAACAUCCCUGGUUAUGUCCGUUCCUUGUACAGCUCUUUUUUUGCUUGGUUUGGAAAAAUCUCUUUAGAGCUCUUUAUCUGUCAAUAUCAUAUAUGGCUGGCUGCCGACACCAAGGGCAUCCUGGUCCUAAUCCCUGGAAACCCCACUCUCAAUAUCAUCAUCAGCACCUUUAUCUUCGUGUGUGUAGCCCAUGAGAUCUCCCAGAUCACCAAUGACCUGGCACAGGUUGUCAUUCCUAAAGACAGCGGCGCUCUGCUCAAGAGGCUGUUUGGUACUGGAAUCUUUAUGGGGAUCAUCCUCAUGCUAUCUAAAAGCAGCCAAGUUGGAUACUGAGGUAUUUGGGUCACUAGAAGCUGGUCGCUACAGUUAAGUCAUUUAAAGAGGUCCUGCCUACAAUCCAGCAGCUUUUAGCAGCAGUUUGAGAUUUGUUUCUGACACAGUGCUGCAUAGUGAAUAUAAAAUGCACAUCUACAGCUGAAGCAAUGUUAGUGGUGCAGUAAUAUGACUUUAUGAAGCUUUGUUUACAUUGAAAAGGACUCUUAUUGUGUGUAUAUGAGCAGUGGCCCUUGAGGGUUGUGGGGGAGGUAGGAUGCUCCAUGUGUGCCACACUGAUGUGCUGACUGAAAUCUAAUGUUCCAGCUUUGUGUCAUUCGCUUAUGCAUCUUUCACAGUGUAUUUUACCAGGUUUAACUUAUUCAUGUAAAAAGACAGUGUGAUAAAUGCAUAACAAAUCACACCCAAUAGAUUCAAUAACAUUGAUGGAUUAAAGACCUCUAAUUUGCCAGCUUCUGCCUUUGUGGCAGGCUUAGUUUCACCAUGAAACGUUGGGCCCAUGGCUGGGCACCAAUCCAUCGCAGGGCUUUGGCCAGAAAUUGUGUCUUCGUAGAUGCCUGGCCGGCUGGUAGCACCACUGAGAUUUGAACCCAGAUCUUAGCUGUGUUUGGAUAGUGUAAUAGACCGCUGCACCACCCCAAGCACCCAGAAAGAGCUUCUGAAUUUUAAAAUCAUUCACAGACAUUUCUUUAGUUUGGGCUCAGGUUUACAUACAGAGAUGGCAUAUUUAGCCGUAAUCUCUGCUGAAAAUGUUAGUAUCUUUUACCUAACAUAAAACAAGCUGUAAAGUACCUCCAGCUACAAAUUUAUUGGAAAUUAAAAUGUUGCUGAAUAUAUUAUGUCCCAAUUAAAGGUAAAGCUCUUUACCCAGAAGUCCAGUGGUGAUAACUGCAUGGGAAGGCUAGGCUUAAGCCCUCAACUUUCCUCUAAUAGCAGAACACAUUUUAAUAGGAUCAGUCAGUUUUAAAUAGUAAAAAGGCAGUGUAAUGCCUGAACUUUUUUCUUGUUCUAGAAGCUUUUAAUAUAAAGAAAGCUGGACCAAUUAUGUCAGUGUGUGUAUUAUGCAGGAAUAUAACUAUAUAACAUACACAUUUUAGUUUAAAUUAAGUAAAAGAUAAUUCAAUGCUCUAGCAUUACACAGACUUUUCUGCUCGUCUUGUCAAAAUACAUUUAAUAAUAUCUCUAUCGUGUCAUUGCCCUGAUUAAGUUUUGAUUUAAGACCCCAUCAGUAGAGGUCUUGUGUAGCUUUUAUUUUCAUGUGAGCCACACAGUAAUUACAUGACUAAAACAAUUAAUUGCUGUAAAGCCCACCAUUUACCACUCUUUCGAUUCUGGGGUGCAUUUACACACCUGGUAAACUCCUGUGCUAAAGUGCAUGUGUAAAGAACCAUAUCUGUCCAUGCAUUGUUGUACUACAUUUGUUGUAUAGUAUUUAUUAAUUUAAAUUUUUUCUAUGUAUAGAAAGUACUUGUGUCGCCUUUACGUUUUUUGUAUGUUGUAUGCUGUUACAUACUGUUUGUAAAUGAAAUGGAAUAUCACAGUUCUGUACAUGUCGGGCCCCUGAGGCCCACUGCUCUGUGGAGUUUUAUGUUUUUCCUGGCUCCAAACACACCUGAUGCGAUGCCAUCUGGCCUGGGCGAAUGUCCUACAGAGACAAUUGACAGUGUAUAACCUUGUGGCUGCACCGUUAAGGCAUCAGCAUAAACGACAAGAGAAAUAAGUAUAGCGUGUUCAUCCAUACAGGUUAUGACUCUGAAGGAGUCUGCCAUUGGCUGGUGAGAAGAGCCAGAUGGUAAGAAUAGCUCAAGGGGGCAUAUGAUUGCCAGCAGUGCUCCUCAGCUGACUGCACCAUGUUACACUUUUAAAGCUUCUGAUAAACCUUCUCACAUGCCAAUUCUUGCCUGCAUAAACAACCACUGUUGUAAAUGUUUGUAUAUUUUACUCAUGCUUUCAGUUCUCAGUCCUCCAAAACCUCAACACAUAGAACCCUUAUGGACACUGAAACAGUGACUGUAAACUACUGAAAAACUCUGUAAAGCAUCAAAUACUUUGAUAGUUUGUUUUUAUGUUAUUUAUUGUAUGAUUUUUGCUAAAUCUUUAGCAAAGUGUUGUGUUGCCCACACAGCUCUGUAGCUCUGUGACUGAAUUAAGUAAAUAUCAAAGAAAGGGCUUUAAACUGUGUUUAUCUGUAUUUAGAAUUUUUUGUUUAAGAACACACACAGUGCGUUGUAGAAGACUGCCAAGAGAUGAAUGGUCUACUCUAUAUUGCUCUUAGCUGUGAAUGGGCAAGUGUGUGAUUAAUUGGUGCUCUGUCAAAGGUGUACAUCAGGACCCUGAUCUUUUCACCAAAACCCUGAUCAGGAUAAAGCAGAUAAUGGAAAUAAAUACAUGGGUUGUCUACA